AUGGUAUCAGAGCAGAAGAUCUCAUACCUAAAAAUUUCGUUUGAUAUUUCGUCCUUGUUCAGUAUGGCCGGAGAUGAUGAUACACCUCCGCCAGGUUCCAGUGGAGCCCUCGCUGUCCCUUCUUCAGGUGGAGAAGUAGCGACUGUCUCGCCGUACACGUUGGCGGCUUCCGACAACCCGGUGUUCUUCCGAGACCGGCGAGCGAUAGCCGAUUUGGAGAAUUGGUUGACUGCGAAUUCCAUGCUAGUUGGAUGGAUUCGUUCGUCGAUCGAACCAAAGGUCCGUUCUACCGUAUCGUAUAUCUCCGACGCUUACCUCCUGUGGACUGAGCUGAAGGAGAGGUUUUCCGUGGGCAACAAGGUUCGUGUCCAUCAGAUUAAAGCUCAACUCGCUUCGUGCAGGCAAGAGGGGCAAACCGUUCUUGAGUAUUAUGGACGGCUUUCUACGUUGUGGGAAGAGUUACAAUCGUAUCAACCUGUGAUUUCGUGCUCCUGUGGAGCUGCGUCAGUGUUCGCAAAAGAAAAAGAAGAAGAACGUAUCCAUCAGUUUGUGAUGGGUUUAGACGAUGCUAGAUUUGGUGGUCUCUGCACAGGGAUCAUUGCGGCGGAUCCGUUGCCAAGUAUUGGUGAAAUCUACGCUAAGAAUCAGUCACCUGAUUCUCGUCUUGAGUUGUCAUCUUCUUCCAUUCGUAACCGGAGUGCUUUGUGUAGUCAUUGUGGCCGUACCGGACAUGAGAAGAAAGAUUGUUGGCAGAUCGUUGGUUUUCCAGAGUGGUGGAAUGAACGGAACACCAAUAGUUCUGGCCGUGGUGGUCGUGGUGGAAGAGGUGGAAGAGGAGCUGGUAUCAACAACGGUGGACGUGGUCGCGGUCAGGCGAAUGCAGCUCACGCCACAAGCUCUAACGCUUAA